UGCUUGAACCGUUGCAUGCAACCACCACUGCUCAACAGUACAUCUUUACCCUGUUAAAAGAUAUUCCCUCCACUGAUUAAUUUUACCUAAGCAAAAACUUUGUGACUUUCUCAUAAUCCUCUUCUCAUCACCUUCCAUUAAUUUAAACACAACCCGUCUUUGUAUUUGCAUUCAUCUUCAAUUUCUUGUUAUGUAUCUCCCAAAUCCCAUUUUCUCGCUGUAAUCUCUUCAAGAAAUCUUCAUUUAUAGCUGCAAUGCUAUGGUUUACAUUGAUGACUGCAGUAAACUUACUAUAAUAUACUUAUUCCCACGCUCCUUCAUUUAUUGCUUUCACUUGAUUCUCACUACCCUUCUAUCACUCCUACUCAGCCCAUAAUUUGUGCUGUUCUUAAUUGUAGUUUAGAGCCCUGAAAGUUGUUUCUGGGAAUGAAUUUGACAGGUUCAAUGACUUGUUUUUUGGUUCUUUUGCUGUUGUGGGGUGAAGUUAAAGUCGGGUUUGGGCAGAUUAAUGGUGAUGGGAGGAACUACAUUACGUGGAACGACUUGAAUGUGGAUGAUCACAGGUCGCCUUUGAGAGAAUCAGGGUAUCAGAAGAGAGUAAUCGUGGUUGAUGUGAAUGGUCGGGGGGAUUCAGUGACGGUUCAAGGCGCGGUGGAUAUGGUGCCGGAAAAUAAUGCAGAGAGAGUGAAGAUUCACGUUCUUCCUGGAGUGUACAGAGAGAAGGUUCAUGUUCCUGCAAAUAAGCCAUAUAUUUCGUUCAUUGGAGAUCAAGAUCAAGCAUCUGCAACAGUGAUAACAUGGCAUGACAAAGCUUCUGAUCAGGCCCCGACUGGCGGUUUUAUAGGAACUUGGAAAUCAGCCUCUGUUACAGUAGAAUCAGACUAUUUCUGUGCAUCAGGGAUCACUUUUGAGAAUACAGUUGUUGCAGCGGGUGGUGGAGUUGAUGGGUACCAAGCUGUAGCACUGAGGAUCUCGGGUGAAAAGGCCGUGUUUUAUAAAGUUCGAUUUCUGGGCUCACAGGAUACACUCCUGGAUGAGUCAGGGUCGCACUACUUUUUCCAUUGUCUCAUUCAAGGGUCGGUAGACUUCAUAUUUGGUAAUGCAAGAUCGCUCUAUCAGGAAUGUGAAAUUUCUGUUGUGGGUGAUGGAUUUGCAGUAGCAGCUCAACAUCGGAACUCAGUUGCUGAAGAUACAGGGUUCUCCUUCGUGAACUGUACAGUCAGCGGAACUGGAAAUGUUUACCUGGGGAGAGCCUGGGGAAACUACUCCCGGAUAAUAUAUUCUUACUGUGAAUUCGACAUUGAUGUAAGACCAGAAGGAUGGGAGGACUGGAGAAUUCCAUCAAGACAAAAUACCGUGGUAUUUGGAGAAUACGAAUGCAGAGGUAGAGGAGCAGAUAGGACCAGAAGAGCGCCCUGGUCCAGAGCCCUGAAUUGCUCUGAAGCAAGACCUUUUUUUGAUACGACGUUCAUAAGAGGGGAGCAGUGGCUUAGACUCUAGUUUACAUGUUCCAGGACCAGUUUUCAAUAUACUCAAAAGUCAUAUGUAUUUUGCUCGUAUAUGUAUGUUCUGACUAUCUCAAAGAUCGACCAUUCAAGGAUACAUCAGACGUAGCGAUACUAACAUAAGAUUGAAAUGCAAGAUAAUCCAGUGAGAGAAGUACGAAGCAAUAAUGAACUAAGCAUUUCAGGGAUAGUAUGAGCAAGAAGUGCAUACAGACACAUAAUCCACACUGUGAGUCGACAAAGAGUGACAGAAAGAUCCCAGGUACUACAUGGGAUUAAGAUCCGGAUUCUUUCUGUCAAAUGGACAAUUAGCUGAAUGACUUAAUCUGAAGAUCAGACCUCCGACUCGUUUCUGUACAUCUAGCAAUUACAUACCAAGUAGCAAACUUACAAUAGAUACCUGUUAUCUUCAUGUACAACUAUUCUACUGUGACAAUAAAUUAUA